CCUCAUCUCAUCCACGACUGAUCCAUAGCAUACCAUUCCGUUCCUCAAAGCUCUCUUAUCAUAUCAAAUCAACAAUGGCGUUCCCUAAGGUUUUCUUCGACAUGACGGUCGGUGGCCAGCCUGCUGGAAGGAUCGUGAUGGAGCUGUACACGGACAAGACUCCCAAGACCGCUGAAAAUUUUAGAGCACUCUGCACCGGAGAGAAAGGAGUCGGACGUAACGGCAAGCCUCUCCACUUCAAGGGGUCUUCCUUCCACCGCGUGAUCCCUAACUUCAUGUGCCAGGGAGGUGAUUUCACGGCCGGGAACGGGACGGGUGGCGAGUCCAUCUACGGUGAAAAGUUCGCCGACGAGAAUUUCGAGAGGAAGCACACCGGUCCUGGGAUCCUCUCCAUGGCCAACGCUGGUCCAAACACCAACGGAUCUCAGUUCUUCAUCUGCACUGUUAAGACCGAUUGGCUUGAUGGUAAGCACGUGGUGUUCGGGCAAGUGGUGGAAGGGUUGGACGUGGUGAAGGCCAUCGAGAAAGUGGGAUCGGCGUCUGGAAAGACGUCGAAGCCUGUGGUUGUGGCAGACUGUGGUCAGCUCUCUUAGAUCGCAUGAGAUCUAUCCUCAGUUUUAAAAUUAGCGUCGUGGUCGUACUCUAGUGAGUGGUGUUGGGUCCUCAUCGUGUGUCUCUGCUUUUGCUUUUGUGUUCUUUUUUUUUUGAUCAAAGCUUUUGUGUUCUUUUCAUUUGGUGUAGUCAUGAAAGCUUGGUGUGUGUUCGGUCUCAUGUCACCCUAAUUAGUAGCUUGUUCCAUAAAUAAUGAAUGAGCUUGUGUUUUUACC